AUGUCUAAGCGAAAUCCAAACAUACGGUAUGAUGAUUUAGACUCGGAAUUCGAUUAUGGUAGUGAAACGGAAAAAAAGAAAAAACGAUACGGGGAUGAAAUAUACAAAAAAGUAAGGCCUGGUGAAGUGCCACCGGUCAACAGGUCACAAGCAAAACAUUCGUUUGACGAUGAGCAUGGCCGACUUGAAAGGCAGAAGCGUCGAUUGUUAACUCUGGACGUAUAUUCUCGUCACAAAGAGUUGAUUAAUCAGUACUUCCUGUACUAUCCUGGAGCGACAAAAAGAUUGAAACGAGAUACAUCUAAAGAUCGGAAUGAUUAUGAUGUUAUUCGUGAUAACCAUAGAUUUCUUUGGGAUGAAGAAGAGCUUUCAGAGGCAGCAAAAAAGUCUUGGGAGGCUCGCCUGGCGAAAAAGUAUUACGAUAAAUUGUUUAAAGAAUACUGCAUUGCGGACCUUUCUCACUACAGGAAAAACAAGAUAGCUUUCCGAUGGAGAGUUGAAGGUGAAGUUCGUUCGGGGAAAGGUCAGUUUGAGUGCGGGAACAAGCGUUGCGAUUCAAAGGAGGGUUUGACUAGCUGGGAAGUUAACUUUGGGUAUAUUGAAAAUGGUGAGAAGAAAAACGCGUUGGUCAAAUUACGAUUAUGCCCGGACUGUUCACAGAAAUUGAACUUUUACAGCAACAAAAAGAGAGCGCAGAAAUCUAAAAAGGAAAGAAAGUCAACGAAGAUGGCAGAAAAUUUCUUAGAUAAAUUGUCAGAAGAAUUAGAGACGCAGGUGAAGCAGCAGCCGCCACCAUCUCAAGAGGUGGAUUUGAAAGAAGCGGAUCAGUCAGAGGGAACUAAAAAACCAGAUGUUGAUACCGAAGCUCAAUUGAAAGCACAAGCAAAAAAAAUGGCAGAAAUAUGGAAAAAGCCACAGGAACCAGUGGACCCGGAAAAGCUUGUUGAGGCAGAACUAGACGAGUUUUUAGAAGACAUGUUCAUGUAA